AUGAUGGUUGGCAAAGCUAUCCUGUUUUUAAUAACAAUGGCGAUUGCUAAACAUCAUCAUAAAAUUAAAGAUGAUUUAGAUGCCGAAGAAAACUUUUUCGAUAACGUGUACCUAACGAUACACACAAUUAUGGACAAUUUAUUUGAAUCCAUCGGCAUUACUAAUAAUUUUUCGAAGGCAUUCAAUACACAAUUACUGCUAACAAUGCAUUAUGAUUUGAGUAAUAUAGUUGACAAAAACCUUGACAUCUUCAAUGAUAUAAAGAAUCUUGUAAAAGUAGAUAACAAAAACCAGACAAUAAAAGUAGUACAAUUAGAUCCUACAGUCGAAGAAGUACUAAACGAAGACAAUUAUGACGCAUAUGGUGCAUUCAGAGAAAUCAGUAAACAUAUGAGGAAAUUAAAAAAUGGAGAACGAGCUAUGAAUCUUACCGAUAAUUCAGAAUAUGCUGAUAGUACUGAAUUCACAGAGUUUGUUGCCAGUUUUUUGACAACGAUCAAUAAUCUUACUCUGCACAAAUAUAAAAAGCCUUCGAAACCUACUCCGGUUACUGUGCCAUCGAAAAAAAAUCUGAAAGUUUGGGAAGGACCAACAAAUAUUGAAUUAGAUGUGUUCAAAAUGACAAACACAAGAAGGUUGUUCGGAGGCAUCAAAACGCAAGUGAACAAGUUUCCUUUCAUAGUUAGCAUUCACAUCAUGGGAGAGUUUGCCUGCGCCGGCUCCAUCAUCCACAGGGACUUGGUCAUCACUGCUGCGUCUUGUUUACAGAUUGUUUACCAGAACGAGUAUUUAAAAAAUAACCUCAAGGCAAUCUACGUAAGACUAAGCAGCGACUACACGAACCAUGAUGGUGAAACUAUACCAGUACAAAACCUCUAUGUGCACCCUGCAUACAACCCCGAAACCCUGUCUAAUAAUGUAGCAAUAAUCAGCUUGGAAAAACGGCAUCGGUACUCAAGGCAACAGAAGAGAAUCAGGCGCAUACUAUUUGAUAAAACUCCAGGAAAUCUUACAAACAUCACUCAAGGAAUUUUAACUCUUGGAUGGGGUGCUACUAAGAAGGGUCAAGAGGUACCGAAAAGUCCUGAGCUUACUAUGGAUUUAUUGGACUUGCUACCUAUUGGUGACUGCGCUCGAAAAUAUUCAGUAGAUUUAAUAUCCAAAGAUAACUUCUGUGUUGGCGUAAACAACUCAAGCCGAGGGGCAUGUCAUGGAGACCUUGGAGGACCAGGGAUAGUCGGCGCGGUAUUAGUGGGAAUAGUCAGUUUCGGGGACUCAGAAUGUGGGGCAACUAAUUCUUUAACAGUUUUCACGAAGCUCGGCUACUAUACCACUUGGAUUGAAAAUAUUCUGAGUAUGCAUAAGAAAAGUACUAAAAGCAAUGAACAUCAUAACGAUACGCGAAGAAAAUCAAAUAACUUUGGAUUCAUCCACUUGAAUAUGACACCAGCGCAAAAGCAAAAAAUACAAAAACAUGCCGAAGACUACCCAGACGAGGUCAAAGUGCUAAGGAAUAUAUUGGUAGACUUAGUAAAGUCUGACAAUACCGCUGUAGAUGAAGUAAUCUAUGGUGACGCUUAUGAAGAUUUUACUAAAGUUAUCACAACUGUCACAGUACCCGACAAAAUUAAAGCGAUUCCUACAAAACAUAGAAUCCACAAAUAUAAAAUAAAACCCCUCACAGCUAGAACUGCAGCUCCAGUUAAAACUACUAUUACAGUUACGACUCCUAUUUCAAUUAGAACGACUACUCCAGUCACAUCCAUAUUAUCACAAGGCAUUGACUCCUUCCUGAAAAGCAUAAUUCCUACCGACACUUUUAAAAUGAUACUUAAAAGACCGAACAUUUCAGACCAUGAAUCGGAAAAUGAAGCUAAUGCCAAUGAUUAUACAGACAACUACGAACAAUCUGGUGACGAAUAUCAUGGCUUAAGUAUUGAAAUUCCUAGUACUCGAAAGAUCCAACCAAAAACACAAAAAAUUGUCCCAACUACAAAAAAAAUAAAAACGAACACAUCAAGUAAAGUUACCAAAAAAUUAAUUCUUAGGAACCAAGCAAAACCAAUGGGAGCUGACCAACCUGAACCAGAAAAAGGACCAGAAUCUGAACUGGAACCUGAACCGGAAUCUGAACUGGAACACGAAACAGGGGAAACAUUGAAAGUUGACUUUGGACGUGCAGGAUUACUUCGAAUAGAUUUAGACGAAAUGGCUUCCAAUUUAAAAGAUGCAGAUAAUACAGAUUCAGAUAAAAUUGGUUCUGAUAUAGAAAUGGAUAAAAAAAAUUCGAACAGCUUGGAAACAGAUUCUAAUAUGAUGGAAUCGAAUAAUGUUUAUUUGGAUGAAACAGAAACUAGCUUAGAAGUUAUUGAAACGACACAAUCUCCACAUAUUCUAGGAACUAGUAUACAUUAUGACAUAGAUCAAGGUGCAAACCGGGAUUAUGUUGGAAGUAAGAGAAUCAUCAUGAGAAACCAGGGUACGAGUGAAAAACGGACACAAUCUGAGCAGGACAGCGGUAGAUCAUUGGCAACUAGACCGUUCUAUUUUGAGCUGGAUACAGACAGUUCAGAUUCUAAACAAAAUAAAGAUGAACCUGUAGCAGAAAGUACUACAAAAGACAUUCGAAUAAGUUUCGGUCUCAGUGAAAAACCAAAAGAAGAUGGAGAGAAAAGUUUUCUAACUAAUUUUAUUUUAUCGCUAUAAUUUUUAAUCGCAGUGCAAAUGAUGUUCUUUAGUCAAGAGUUAAUUACUUUUACCUAUAACGUUUU